UAUUGAGCGGGAAAAUCAGAGACGCGUGUGUGGGGGAGGGUACGGGAAGCAUUCAAAUUUAGAAGCCUGUGAUUGGCGGAUGUGUCUGUACAGCAGCCCAUUUCUAACCAAUGAAAUAUGUUUUCUUCAUCCGUUGUGCAAGAAGAUCCAAUCAGGGAAUGUCAACCCAGCCUUAUAAAUUAGCAUGAGCUUUCAAUAAAUAACCAGUACGCUAUCACGGAAAUACCAUUGCGUUUUGUUCUACACUUAUAUCAUGCCUGAACCAGCGAAGUCUGCUCCCAAGAAGGGUUCCAAGAAAGCGGUCACUAAGACCGCGGCUAAAGGAGGAAAGAAGCGCAGAAAGUCCAGGAAGGAGAGCUACGCCAUCUACGUGUACAAAGUGCUGAAGCAGGUUCAUCCUGACACCGGGAUCUCUUCGAAGGCGAUGGGGAUCAUGAACUCUUUCGUCAACGACAUCUUCGAGCGCAUCGCCGGUGAGUCGUCUCGUCUCGCUCACUACAACAAACGCUCCACCAUCACCUCGAGAGAGAUCCAGACCGCCGUGCGUCUGCUGCUGCCCGGAGAGCUGGCCAAACACGCCGUGUCUGAGGGCACCAAGGCCGUCACCAAGUACACCAGCUCCAAGUGAAGCGUGACCUGACUCCGACAACCCCAACGGCUCUUUUAAGAGCCACCCAUCCUUUCAGUUAAAGAGCUUUAUGUACAGUUGUGGUCUGUGAGUGGGUUAACAUAAGGUCAACAAACCCAGAACUCUAUUUAAUUUCUUUCUCAAAUCCUGAUGAAAGAA